CCUCAUCUUCUGAGUGUUAUAAAUACUCAGUUCUGCGGGCUCAUUUCAGAAAUCCUCGUCGACAAUGGCGUCUUCGGCGGCUCAAAUUCACAUUCUCGGCGGUUCUGCGUUUCCUUCCUCUUCGACAAAGUCCGGUGUUCGGAGUGGAAGUUCUUCAAGAACUGUUUUCUUCGGACAGAGAUUAAAUGUCAGCGGCGCUUCGUUUGGGAUUCCACGGUCAGCUUUCCUAAAACUUAAGAGAAAUAGCAGGAGAGAAUCUGCAGUUGGUCCUGUUCGGGUUGUAAACGAGAAGGUUGUUGGUAUUGACCUUGGGACGACGAACUCAGCAGUGGCGGCGAUGGAAGGUGGGAAGCCGACAAUUGUUACAAAUGCUGAGGGUCAAAGAACGACGCCUUCGGUCGUUGCGUACACGAAGAACGGAGACCGACUUGUAGGGCAGAUUGCGAAGAGGCAGGCAGUUGUGAAUCCGGAGAACACCUUCUUCUCUGUGAAGAGGUUUAUUGGAAGGAAGAUGUCUGAGGUAGAUGAGGAAUCGAAGCAGAUAUCAUAUCGAGUGGUGAGAGAUGAGAACGGUAAUGUCAAGCUUGAGUGCCCAGCCAUCGGCAAACAGUUUGCUGCCGAGGAGAUUUCGGCGCAGGUAUUAAGGAAACUUGUAGAUGAUGCAUCCAAGUUUUUGAAUGAUAAAGUUAGUAAGGCUGUAGUUACAGUACCUGCUUACUUCAAUGAUUCGCAAAGGACAGCAACAAAAGAUGCUGGUCGGAUUGCUGGUUUAGAAGUUCUCCGUAUCAUCAAUGAACCCACUGCUGCUUCACUGGCAUAUGGGUUUGAAAAGAAGAACAAUGAAACCAUUCUAGUAUUUGACCUUGGAGGUGGAACAUUUGAUGUAUCAGUUCUUGAAGUUGGAGAUGGAGUGUUUGAGGUGUUGUCUACAUCAGGAGAUACACAUUUGGGUGGAGAUGACUUUGACAAGAGAAUUGUUGAUUGGCUUGCUGAAAACUUCAAGAGAGAUGAAGGCAUAGAUCUUCUGAAGGACAAACAGGCUCUUCAGCGUCUUACUGAGACAGCUGAGAAAGCCAAGAUGGAACUCUCAUCUUUGACUCAGACAAAUAUAAGUUUACCUUUCAUUACUGCAACUGCCGAUGGGCCGAAACAUAUUGAGACCACCCUUACAAGGGCCAAGUUUGAGGAGUUGUGUUCAGACCUGCUUGAUAGGCUUCGAACCCCAGUAGAAAAUGCAUUGAGAGAUGCAAAGCUUUCAUUCAAAGAUCUGGAUGAGGUGAUACUUGUUGGUGGAUCAACACGUAUACCCGCUGUACAGGAACUUGUAAAGAAAAUGACAGGAAAAGAUCCCAAUGUUACUGUAAAUCCUGAUGAAGUUGUUGCUCUUGGGGCGGCAGUUCAGGCUGGUGUGCUGGCUGGAGAUGUCAGUGAUAUUGUUCUCUUGGAUGUSACACCAUUAUCUCUGGGUCUGGAGACACUGGGUGGUGUGAUGACAAAGAUAAUCCCAAGGAACACAACAUUGCCAACCUCCAAAUCAGAGGUGUUUUCAACAGCUGCAGAUGGGCAGACCAGYGUUGAGAUCAAUGUUCUUCAGGGUGAGAGAGAAUUUGUGAGGGAUAACAAAUCUCUUGGUAGCUUCCGCCUGGAUGGUAUUCCUCCAGCACCCCGUGGUGUUCCCCAGAUUGAGGUGAAGUUUGACAUUGAUGCSAAUGGUAUCCUUUCUGUCACGGCCAUUGACAAGGGCACAGGGAAGAAGCAGGACAUCACCAUCACUGGUGCUAGCACCUUGCCCUCUGAUGAGGUGGAAAGAAUGGUGAAGGAAGCAGAGAAGUUUGCUAAGGAGGACAAGGAGAAGAGGGAUGCCAUAGACACCAAGAACCAGGCCGAUUCAGUUGUAUACCAGACAGAGAAGCAACUGAAGGAACUUGGAGACAAGGUUCCUGCUGCUGUGAAGGAGAAAGUAGAAAGCAAGAUUGGAGAACUGAAGGAAGCAAUUUCUGGUGGGUCAACCCAGGCGAUGAAAGAUGCUAUAGCUGCGCUCAACCAAGAAGUAAUGCAGCUUGGGCAGUCCCUAUACAACCAACCUGGGUCACCUGGUGCUGGUGCUGGGCCUGCACCUGGUGGAGAGGCCGGGCCUUCUUCAGGAUCAGCAGGCAAGACACCUGAUGGUGAUGUGAUUGAUGCGGAUUUCACUGAUAGCAGUUAGAGAAUGAGAAGAAGAGGUUGAUAAUUGAUGGCCACACUUUAGCACGUUAUGAGAAUGAGAGGAAGAGGUAUGGAUUGAUAUCGGGAUGAUUUCCUUUUUUUUUGUGUAUUUAUUUACGGCUCCUGGAUUUUGGAAAGAGGUGAAGGAUUAGAUAGAAAGAACUAGUGGCGUUCAGCUACGAGAAACUAGACCCCAUUACUUUGGGUUGAUCAUCUAAUUUUUAUAACCAAAAUAGUUAUGUGCCAUGUCGCAUAUGUAACCA